GAAGAAGAACACUGCCGGAAUUCUACAAGCAGAAGAAGAAGACGACCACCGUUCAUAUUUUACCGACGUAAAGACGGGACAGUCGGCGGAGAGAAGCCGUUAGCUCGAUCCUAAUAACGGCAGAAACCCCGAGGAGUUAGUUUGCUACAGACAUGGACCCACACCGGAACCAGCUGGAGGGGGUUUUAAAACCGGAAACGAAGCUGCGAGGAGACGUCCAGCAGCUGUUGGUGGUUAAAGAAGAGGUUCCCCCUGGGCAGCAGGAGUGGAGCUCCAGGAUGGACCAGGAGAAGCCAGGCCCCCCCACACACGUUAAAGAGGAACAGGAAGAACUCUGGAUAAGUCAGGAGGGAGAGCAGCUUCAAGGGCUGGAGGAGGCGGAUAUCACCAAGUUCCCAUUCCCUCCUGUGAAUGUCCAUGUGAAGAAUGAAGAUGAUGAAGAGAAACCUCAGUUCUCACAGCUUCAUCAAAGAAAAACUGAACAGAUGGAAACAGAAGCGGAUGCAGAGGACUGCGGAGGACCAGAACUAGCCAUAAACUCAGAUCCAGAUACACCAGAUACUGAUGACAAGGCCGGAGACUCCUCUGAACCCGAGACAGAUGACAGUGCAGAUUGGAAAGAGACCAGAGAUCUUCAGUCAGGUUUAAACUCUCUGAAAAAUGCCUCGAGAUGUAAUGCUGGUAAAAAAACACUUAGCUGCUCUGAGUGUGGGAAAAGAUUUGCCACCAAGACGCACCUGAAGAUACACAUGAGAUCGCAUACAGGGGAGAAACCUUUUAGUUGCUCUGAUUGUGGGAAAACAUUUUGCAUCAUUGGACAUUUGAAGGCCCACACAAGACUUCACACAGGUGAGAAACCAUUUCAGUGCUCUGAAUGUGAGAAAACCUUUGUAACAAAGUCCCAUCUGAAGAGACACAUGAGAACCCACACAGGAGAGAAACCCUUUAGCUGCUCAGUAUGUGGUAAAACCUUCAGUGGAAGCGGAAACCUGAAGACACACAUGAUAACUCAUACAGGAGAAAAACCUUUCAGUUGCUCAUUCUGUGUGAAGUCAUUUACACAGAGCGGAACUCUGAAGGAACACAUGAACAUCCAUGCAGGAGUGAAACCUUUCAGCUGCUCAGUGUGUGGGAAGGCUUUCCGUGGAAGGGGAAAUCUGAAAAAGCACAAGCGAGUCCACACAGGAGAGAAACUUUUCAGUUGCAUCGUUUGUCUCAAAAAAUUUGCCUGGCCCGAACAGGUCAAAAGGCAUAAAUGUGUUGGGCGUCAGUCCUCACAGCUUCGUCAAAUACAAUCUGAACAGAUAAAAACAACGGCUGAUGGAGAGGACCCGGGAGGAUCGGAACCAGCCAGGAACUCGGAUCCAGAGAAACGUUUACAACCGGAUAAUGAAGACAAUGCAGGAGACUCUUCUGAACCUGACACUGAAAAAGACUGGAAGGAUCCUGGAUGUAACCCAUUUCGUUGCUCUGUGUGUUCGAAAACAUUUAAACACAGGGGAAACCUGAAUAAACACACGAGAACUCACACAGGAGAGAAAUCGUUUAGUUGCUCUCUGUGUGGUAAAAUGUUUUCUCAAAAAGCAGGCCUGGACUACCACUUGAAAACUCACUCAGGAGAGAAACCGUUCAGUUGCUCAGUUUGUUGUAAGACGUUUAGGAACAAAGGAGCUGUGAAGUACCACAUGGUGAAGCACACAGGGGUGAAGCCGUUCAGCUGCGGUGUCUGCGGCAGGAGAUUCUUUUGGCAUUUUCAGAUCAAAAAACACAAGUGUCUCGGUGAGUUCUCGCAGCGAAGAAGAAAGGCCUUUAAUAGCGAGAACUGUGAAAGACCAGAAGCAGCCAGCGCACCAGUUGCUAAUAAAGCCACAGAACGGUCCUCUGAAAACGAUGACAGUGAUGACAUUGGGUUUUGGAAAGAGACAAGGCAACAUCAGUCAGGGUUCACUUACCAGAGAUCUAAAAAGGUUCCUGUCAGAGAUGGAUGUAACGCUGUCAGCUCGGGUGACAAGGUUAAAACCGAAGCCAGGACUGACAAAAGUGUUGAUUUUUGCAAACUGACCGGCCAACCUCAGCCAUGUCUACAACAUCUUAAAACUGAGCUUGUCUCUGUCAGUGAUUGUGAGUAUCGUGAAAGAUGUGACGACAGUUGCGCUCCGCUGACACACAAGAACUCCCCAACGGAUGAGCACCCAUUCCGUUGCUCGUAUUGUGGGAAAGGAUUUGCGACGGGAGGAUGUCUGACGAUACACGCAUCUGUCCACUCCAAAGAAAAAACACUUGGAUGCAUCGUUUGUGAGAAAAGGUUCACUUUCAAGUCCCAGCUCUUAAGCCACCAGUGUGUUGGGGAGAUCUCCCAGCUUCAUAAUGCCAACCAACCGAUCAGCAGCUCUCAGUGUUGUAAAGGAUUUAACCAUAAGCACCAGCUGCAGGUUCCCACAAGACUUCACACAGCACUGAUCCACAGUAGUCCUACAGGAGAGGAACAUUUUACAGAAAGAGAAAGUCUGAGCCAAGAAAUGGUGGCCUAUACUGGGGUACAUAUGGGGGUAAAGCAGGAGGACCCAGAACCCCCACACAUUAAAGAAGAACAGGAGGAACUCCGGGUCAGUCAGGAGGGAGAGCAGCUUUUAGGGCUGGAGGAGGCUGAUAUUGCCGAGUUCCCACUUACUCCUGUCAUUGUGAAGCGUGAACGUGAAGACUUUGCCGCAAAUGUUGACCAAUAA